UCGUGGGUCGGUGGGUGAGAAUGGUUUUCGGAGAAUUAGAUCCAUGCCGUGGAGUACGAGGAUAAGGCCUGCAUUUCGAAAGUAUUGGACUGUUUAGGUGGACUUCUUAGCCUCUAAAGCGCACGAGAAUCGAAUAUAUUUCUGCUGUUUUGUGAGCUUUUCAGGGGCGCUAUGAAUGCUUUGAAUUUCUGCGGGGGAUCCAACAGUGGAGUCUAUCCUCUACACAGCUUCAACUCCGUCUGUUUCGACCACCACCAGAUGGCAGAUCAGUACCAGGUUUAUUCAUUGGCCAAUCCCUCCUCGGUUAACACGUUCUCUGUUGCUGAAAGACUUGCCGAGUUGAUCCUGGAGGCCCGUUAUGGGAACCAGCAAAAGCAACGUCGGAGCCGCACAGCCUUCACUGUGUCCCAGCUACAGGCUCUAGAGAAAGCCUUCCAACAGACCCAGUACCCUGAUGUAAGCAUGAGAGAAAGACUGGCUGUCUGCAUCAACUUGCCUGAAGCUCGCAUUCAGGUGUGGUUCAAGAACAGAAGAGCAAAGCUUCGUAAGGGACAGCGAUGCCCCCCUCUUCGCAGAGCGCAAAGCCUGGAGGAACCACAUCAGACCAAGGCAGGAGGGGAAGAGAGCACUACUAAGGACUCCAAAACACAAAGCAAAUUCGCUCCUCUCUGGGAAGUCAGUGAUGCUCCUACCAUUUCUUGUCCUGGAGACGUCAUUGCAACUCAGGUCCACACAAGAUUACAUUAUCCUCCCGUUUUUCCCUUUGUGUAUGGAGAGCAGAACCACCUUCCACAUCAUCAUGCUUUAGGGAUGUUGUCAGCUGGCCUACAUUUCACCCCCAAAUUCUGGCCCAUUCUCCAGCAACACAGCCCAGCCUUAGGAGUUGCCCCACCGGUUGGUAAAAACUGCAGCCUUUCCCUUCAGACUUUCUUUCCCAGUAAAGCUGUACCCCACCCCAAUUUGGGUCUAUAACUUCUCUGCAGUGUGUAAUGGCAAAAAGGGACUGGUACACUGGUGCACUAGUAUCAAUACGGACACAUAAACUACUGAUUGUAUACUUUGACACUGUACAUACUGUAUGUAUUUGUGAAGGACCUCUGACAAGUGAUUAUGUCCGUAGAUGAUUAGAUUGAUUAAGAAACACUCAAGGUAUGUUGUGAGCAUUCAGGAUCGCAAUCAGGAGUGGAUUGGUACAUACUUCAUUUGCAUAGAGAUGUUACAGUCAGUUUUUACUCACUUAUGACAAGCACUUAGGAGAAUAAAGAAUUAGAUGUGAUUUUGGGCACUUUUUUCACAUCAUAUAUACAUGUGUUCAAGACAAUUUUCUGUAAUGUCUCAAGGUAUGUUUUAAAAUAUAUAUUUAACUAGGCAUGUCAGUUAAGAACAAAGUCUUAUUUACAAUGACAGCCUACUGGGGAACAGUUUGUUAACUGCCUUGUUCAGGGGCAGAACAACAGAUUUUUACCUGGUCAGCUCUGGGAUUUGAUCCAGCAACUUUUCAGUUACUGGCUCAAUGCUCUAACCACUAGGCUACCUGCCACCCCAGUGAAACUUUAGGCAUAUCCUACAUUAAUUUCAUGGUA